AUCUCUCGUGGUCGUGCUCUUCUAGUGUCCUUGAAAUAUAUUGAGAUCGACAAUGAUGUGUUACUACCAAAGAAGAAAAAGGCCGACACAGGUAUCGUCAGAGCUUCCUUUUGAAAUUAUCAGUGAGAUUUUGAGUUGGCUUCCUGUGUUGUCUUUGUUGAGAUUCAAGUGCGUGUGCAAGCAAUGGUUUUUGUUGCUUCAAGACUACAAGUUCAUUGCAAAGCAUAGCGAUCGGACCCGUUGCAUCCUCUCACCUUAUUAUCAUUGCGAAUGGGAAAACAAAUCGAUUGUCACUGUUAGUGAUAAAAAGUUUGAGCUCAAAGGUUACUGUUCUGGCUUGUCCUUGGAGAAGAGCACAACAUCUCAAGUUUGCCGCAUUAGAAAUCCUGCGACCUGCAAAGUGCUCUACUUGCCUGAUGCACACGACGAGGGUUCCAAAGAAUUAAUGGACCUCGGUUUGAAUUCACUCACUGGUGAGUGUAAAGUGUUCCGUGUCUACUUAGAUACGGCACAGGAACAGGUAGGUAUUGAAGUGAUAACAAUCGGAAAGGAUGAAAUGUGGAGACCUUUGCACAAACAAAACAAGAAUUGGCUGGGACGAGGCAAACCGGUGCUGAAACAAUCUCGUUGUGGGGCAGAUAAGGUUGAAUGGGCUCUUCACUUACCCGAAAUUAUAACCGAGGGACGUAAGUUGUGCUUACAAAUUCAUUCUCUUGAUCUGUGGAGUGAACGUCUCACCACUACUACCCUGCCUCAAGGAGCUUUCGUAGAUUUGGAGAAUCUCUGGCCUUUUCUUUGGGAUAAUCGUCCUGCCAUUGCUGAUAUAGUAGGGGGGGACCUUCACAUCUUGGUGUUAGUAGACUUCAAAGAGCACAAAUGGAGUCAAAACAAGAUCAUCUUUCCCUUGAAAAAUUUAGAGGUCGACGACACAAUUUUGACGGAUAAACUUGUACUUAUACAAGGUCGUUCAAAUCAACUCGUGUUUCUAAACGGAGAACAACUUAUUUCAUAUGACAUUGAGAAAAAGACUGUUAAGGUUUUUGCCAAUUUAGAAUCCUUGAAGGAACGAAUACCUCGACUUAAGUCAACCCUCAUGACUCUCAAGGAAAUGACACCAGAAAUUAAAGGAGCACAAGGCUAGAGCAAUGAUGUGUACUUUCACUCCACAUGGAUUCCUUGUUUGCAAAAUCUCGUCUUUCUGUUCAUCUUUUUAGAUUGUUUGUGUUACAGUUUAUGCUGCUCUCCAAAGGGAAGUUUGAACUUUUUAGCCACACCUGUUGUAACAUAGCACUUGUGCCAAGAUUCCAUUACAUGUUUUGCUGAGUUUUGUCAUGUCAUGUGGAAACAUAGCUAGAAACCCUUAAAUGUUCCCUUGGACUUCUUAAACGUCGACGCA